AGGGAUGCGUCACUGGAUUAGCGCCUUGUGAGUCCCAGCCUCUUCUUCUUCCUCCCUUCUGAGCUGCCUGGAGAAGGGCACAGUACUCUCACAGCUCGCAACCAUCCCUGCCAGCCCCCAAGAAGCCUUCCACAUGAGCCAGCCGGGCCUCACCUCCCCGCCAGGAUGAAGAAAGAGAAGAAAAUGUCUCUUUUCACCUUUGUCCUCUUGCUCCACUUUAGCUCGGCAAGUAAGUUCAUGAGUCAUCACUUACUAUUAGAAAUACUGUUUAUGUCAUGUUAUAUAUGCCCAUUUCACGUUUUCCCACAAAGGACUAUUUGACUAUGCCCCGUAUUUCUACGACAAUGGACCCAGCAGUACAAACGGGAACAUGGCUUUGUUCAGCAUCUCUGAGGAUACACCAGUCGGAACACAGCUAUACAUCCUCAAUGGCACAGAUCCAGAAGGAGAUCCAAUACGAUACGGUUUGAUGUUUGAAAAGGGCUCCAAGGAGUAUUUCAGUGUUGAGCCCAAAUCAGGAAACGUGACCCUAGUUCUGGAGCUGGACAGAGAGAAACAAGAUGAGAUUUCAGUGCUCGUCAGCAUUACGGACGGUCGAAAUAAAGUGGUUGAAACAGUGAGAGUGUUUGUCACUGAUGCAAACGAUGAACCUCCUGAAUUCCAAAACCUGCCUUUCAUCGUUAAUAUCCAAGAGGAUGCUGUGGAAGGGAGCAGCGUCUACAGAGUCCAGGCGCUGGAUAAAGAUAUGGGUUCAGGAGGAAGCGUCUCCUAUUUCCUACAGCCGUCGCCAGUUGCCAAGUUCACCAUCGACAGCCACAAUGGGAUCCUGAGGGUGAAACCUGGCGCAGCGCUGGACUAUGAGACCACGCCUACGCACUUUGUGACCGUGGUUGCCAAGGAUGGAGGAGGGAAAUAUAAGGGUAAACAUCAGGUUUUGACCUCCACGGCCACCAUAACAGUCAACAUCCUUGAUGCCCAAGACAUGCCUCCAUCCUUCAUAGGAACGCCUUACUUUGGAUACAUCUACGAAGUCUCCGUUCCUGGCUCUGAGAUAUUUACCGUGUAUGCCAGAGAUGGGGAUCAAGGCAAUCCUAACCCCAUUUAUUACUCCAUCAUCGAUGGAAGUGAUGGUGUCUUCGAUAUAAACAGCACAAGUGGAUGCAUCACCUUGACAACGCAUCCAUCCCUGCUCAAAAAUGAACUCUACGAAGUCAAAGUCAAGGCAUCUGAGGUGGGAGGCGACAAUCACUUGUUGGACUACGACAUUGCCGUGGUGACGGUCCGAGUGGUGGACCUCAACAACCACCCGCCCACCUUCUAUGGCGAGAAUGGACCACAGAGCAAGUUUGAGGUCACAAUGUACGAGCACCCUCCUGCAGGGGAGAUCUUACGCGGAUUCAAGAUCACCGUCAACGAUUCAGAUCAGGGGGCAAAUGCCAAAUUCAAACUGAGACUAGUGGGACCGAGCAGAGUUCUACGAGUGGUUCCCCAGACGGUCCUAAACGAAGCCCAGGUAACCAUCAUUGUGGAGGACACAUCAGUUAUCGACUAUGAGAAAGGACCGACCCUCUCGUUCAAGCUGUUGGCGGUGGAGAUCGACACUCCCGAGCGCUUCAGCGCAACAGCAGACAUCGUGAUCAACCUCAUGGACACUAAUGACAACACCCCCAAAUUCACGUCAGAGUAUUACAUCGCCAGGGUCGCAGAGAACUCUCCUGGAGGCUCUAGUGUUGCAGCUGUUAUGGCAAACGAUCCAGACUCAGGACCCUGGGGUGAAGUCAAAUACACCAUUUAUGGAUCAGGGUCAGAUUUGUUUUCCAUCCACCCGUCAACUGGCCUCAUCUCCACACAGCCGUGGACCACCCUGGACGCAGAGGUGCGCUCCAAGUUCAACUUCUACGUGAAGGCAGAAGACUCAGAGGGAAAGUACAGCCUGGCCGAAGUCUUUGUCACCGUGCUUGACAUGAACGACCACUCGCCCGAAUUUGACGACAAACUGCUGGAGAAGACCAUGGUCAUCGGCACACCAGUCAAAGUGGAGGCGGUGGACGAGGAUGCAGAGUCUCCCAACAACGUGGUUCAGUACUCCAUCAUGACGGCGGACCCCGACAAUGCGUUCGACAUAAACGCGGAGACGGGCGAAAUCCAGCUGAAACCGUACAUCAAGUCCAUGGAGAUUGUGCACAACAUCACCAUGCAGAAGGACUGCAAGUGGUCGCUGGUGGUCCAGGCCAGAGACCUCGGUUCUCCAUCCUUCAGCACCACCGCUGUAGUCAACAUUGACAUCACAGAGGCGACUCCUCUCAAGGGGCCUAUGGCGGCCUUUUUAAUGAAAAGUAGGGACAAUCCAAUGAAAGCUUUAGGCAUGCUUACAUUUAUCAUUAGCGUGUUGGUAGGAGCCACUGUGCUCAUCUCCACAGUCAUGUACAUGCGCAAUGCAAAGUCGCAAAACAGGAUCACGCCGGCACGCCGUGUCAUCAAGAGGCGGCCCAGGGACCAGCAGCCCUGGACUUUCCGCAUGCCCAUCUUCAAAUUUGGAAACCCCUCUGAGAAGUUCCUCAUGGAGGAUCCAGAAAGUAGCCCGAAGCAGGAAACCCCAAGGUUGAGGCCAACCCCGCCCUGCGCCCCGUGCCUGCCCCCUCCAGCCCCACCGGCCACACGUCCCCCCGAGAGGCCCCGUGCUGUACCGACUAUAUCGGGUGCGUUGGCCACCAGAAGCUCAAAGAAAGGGAAACUGAGUCACCGUAAGGAAGGCAACAUCAGCUCGGCGUUGGUGUCUGAGUUGAAAUUGAGGCUGGAGCAAAAAAUCAAUGAAAACAACCAAGGUUACUAUUGAUUCCAAGUCAAACAACCUCCAUCCAUCCAUCUUCUAUGCCGCUUAUCCUCACUAGGGUCCCGAGUAUGCUGGAGCUUAUCUCAGCUGACUUCGGGGGAGAGGCGGGGUACACCCUGAACUGGUCGCCAACCAAUCACCGACAAACAAUCAUUCACACUCUCAUUCAUUUUAGCGUCGCGAAUUAAGCUAACAUGCAUGUUUUUGGAAUGUGGGAGGAAACCGGAGAACCCGGUGAAAACCCACGCACGGGGAGAACAUGCAAACUCCACACAGAGAUGCCCAACGGAGAUUCUAACCCAGACCUUCCCGCUCUCCUGAUUGUGUGGCCAACAUGCUAACCACUAGGCCACCGUGCGGCCCUGUCAAACAACCUAUUCAUUUUUUAAAUGACUUCUCUGCUCUUUGUUCGCCUGUCAGGGCAUGAACUGAACUUCACAUCUGGUAGGAAGGGGCAUACUCUGACCUGACCAAGUAUGCUAAACCCUUAAUGAGGGUUCACAGAUGUGUGUCCUCAGCUCCUCAGCUGACCUCCUUUCUUUCUUGGUAGAUUAUCACCACACUGCCAUCUUGAGGAGGAUUACAUCAUUUUAGCAACAGUGACAAGAGACAGUAUGAGACAGUAAGUCGAGAAAACAAACACACCUAUUGCAUUUCCGCAAAUUGUGGCCUCCACUCUCAUAAACGCUAUGUCAAAAUUAAUCACAGGGUGCGUCGUCAACUUAACGUUCACAAUUAAUAAACAAUGUACCUCAAAUGUACUUGAAGUGAUUAGCUUUUCUACUCUCUAUUGCAUAAUAACAAUGUGUAUUUGCACAUACUGUGUACAUUAUUUGCCGAAAACAUGAAAUACAAAUACUGUUUAUUUUAUUAUUAUUCUAAAAAUGUAUUCGUACAAAUAGUAGAUGCAACUACUGUAAUCCCUCGUUUAUUACGGUUAAUUGGUUCCAAACCCGACCUCGAUAAGUGAAUUUCCUGUAUGAAGCAAAGUAGGAUUCAGUAUUAAUAAACUGAAUAUUUUCAUAGUUACAACAUUAUUAGAGCCCUGUAGACAUGAAAUAACACCCUAAAGUCACUCUUACAAUCUAUUAUUCUUUGUUUGCAUCACAUUGCGCAGGCUAUGGUAUGGUAGGCUAUGGACAAGACGGCUGCUGCUAGCAUAACAAGCUACCGAGCUAACUAGUUAUCCUCUCUAAUGCACUUAUUCAAAACAUAAGAAAGUGUUUCAAAGGCAGUUGGGAAGGACAAAGAAGCCAAAAACUUACCACUUCACCACAGAAUGAGAGGAGAACCUUUAUUUACUCGAUCUCAGCCAUGGCAUGUCCGUCUCAUCCAUGCAAUGUCGGCUCGGCUCUGCUGGCUCAGUAGUCAGUUUCCAUGCAGUGUGAACGGUGAUGCAAUCUGAUGUCAUGUCUCAUAACAUUACUGAUGCCUAGUGACCACAAUACUACAUAUAACUUAUCUUUCAAUAUUUUUUGACUAUUAGGCCAUAAGUCAUCUACAAAACAGUGAUUUUUGGAAAAAAGACGAUGGUGAAGGUGCGAUAUUGGAACUGCGAUAUAGCAAGAAACGACUGUAUUUAGGAUUUUAACCACCCAACAAUAUUUCUGUGAUCACACUGAAAUUACACUUCUGCCGUUGCUAAAUUUUAAGAGAAAUGAGUAGUUAACUUUUUGUACAAAUUUCCUUUUUUAUUAUUACUGCUUUUUUGAUUAUUACUGAUUACUGGAAAUUAGCAAAUCCUGUUAGCAUGUGAAUAUUGUCAUUCAUCCAGGUACAUACCUGUCAACAUUUGUAUUUGAAAAUAAGUGAAAUUCUGGUUACAGGAUGUGUUUUGCUGAUGUUGCAGAGCGAACCGGAAACUGUGCUGUGCUUUUUUCAUGAAAGCUAAAAUAAAUAAACAGUAGGGCGCCCGGACAGAAGAGCUAAAUACAGUCGUUUCCUGGGAAAACGAGAGGGUUGACAGGCAUGUCCAGGUCAUUGUACUAAGGGUAAUGAAUCGAUCAUAACUGGCUGCAUCGUUGCAAUCCAUUCCAUACCUGAGUAAUCAUCUUAGCAUUUCAGAAAUGUUUCACAUUUAGUGUAGUUUCACACUGCAGGAAAAAAUUGCGUGGGAACACGCCGAAAGCAUGACAUGUUUGCUUCUUUUGUACGAUUAACAUGUGCCACUGUAUUGUCCUGCUGUAACACAAGCUAGCUAGCAGUAUUUGCGUUGUGUAGUUGUAUUAUAAAACAUGCUUUUUUAUCAUUUCAAUUUUCAAUGUAUGUACAGUUCUAUGAUUACAUAUAACACUUGUACCUCCACAGAAAGGGGGGAAUAUUAAACGUAUGCUUGACAUGUUCAAGCGCACCUUGCUGUGUAUUGCAACUGCAUGUACAUUUCCUUUGUAGAGGGUCAAAAUAUAUGCACAGAUGUUCACAGAAAUGAAUGUUUCGCUUCAAUGCCUUCAAAUGUCGGCAAUUUACAGUCACGUGGUCCUUGUAUUAAUGUAUUAGCUCAUAUCUGACUUUGUAAAAAUACAUGGCUAUAUACACAUAUUAACUAUAAAUGACACUGCCUGGUUCUUGGAUGUGACAUAUUUGUACUGUCUUUAUAUUGUCUUGAUUUUCAAUAAAUAU